GAGCCCUAUAGGGGGAGAGAGAGAGAGAGAGAGAGAGAGAGAGAGAGAGAGAGAGAGAGAGAGUUGCCUCACACACCAACACCCCCCUUCCAUCAUUUCUGUAAUCGAGCGUCGAGCUGCACGAUCUGCACCUCUGCAAUUAUGCGCGUUUCGCGUCGGAUGGGAUUCUCGCUAAACCCCGCAAAGCCGCCACACGCACGGAGCUUCCAACCCGCUGCUGCUGCUGCAUCCCCCGCAACUUGUUAGCGCGCCAGUGUAUGUGCGUGUGUGUGCGCGUUGAGCAAGAGGCGGGCUCGUCUUGUUUAUCAAAAAAAAAAAAAAAAAUGACUCGACAUGGCUGUGGAUUUGACUACACGGCUCUGUGCGAGAGACCCCCGUGGAAAUCAUAACUGAGGGGAGUGAGGCGCAAAUCAUCUUAAUGAAAGUCAGAAGUGGGGUUGGGUGGUUAUGGACCCAUUCAGCCAGCUUAUCUUCACCAUCUCGGUGACCAGUUUCCUCACCUUCCAGUGGCUCUUCCACAAAGUCAGCCCCUGGAUGUCCACGCGCAUCAGCCCCGGCUUCCUCAGCCUCAGUGACAAGCAGAAGGUGGAAUGGAACUCAAGGACGGUGUCAACGUUUCACGCACUGUUAGUGGGAAUCUUCUGUCUCCACAUCUUGUUGUUUGAUGAUGCCGUCAAUGAAGACCCAGUCUGGGGAGAUCCUACACUGGUGAAGACUAAUGUUGCCAUCACAACAGGCUACCUCAUAUCUGAUCUGCUGCUAAUAUUUUACUAUUGGAAGGCGAUAGGCGACAAGUUUUUUGUAGUUCACCAUCUGGCAGCAUUGUAUGCUUACUACUAUGUACUGGGCCAAGGAAUGUUGCCUUAUUUUGCUAACUUCCGUCUGCUUGCUGAGUUUUCUACACCAUGUGUGAACCAGCGCUGGUUCUUUGAGGUACUAGGUUAUCCCAAGUCCUCCCGGCCCAACAUGGCAAAUGGCGUUGCCAUGGCAGUAGUCUUUUUCAUGGUCCGCAUUGCCGUCAUGCCAGUCUAUUACAGUCGUAUGUAUGCGGUCUACGGUACUGAGGCCUUCUACCUGGUGCCCUGGGGUGGCCGUGUAGCCUGGAUCUGCUCCAGUAUCUGCUUGGACAUCAUGAACAUUAUGUGGAUGCAUAAGAUUGCCCGCGGCUGCUACAGAGUGCUGCGCUCAGCACGUAAGAGCAAAGCCGGCGCACCUCAGGAGAAUGGGAAGACAGAUUAAGGGAACCACGGUGUCAGUGGUGAGAAAAUGCCACAAAAUGACGUCACUCUCAGUGCAUUGGCAAGCAGCGGCUUGGACACUUGCAUAUUGCACCUGGAACGAGUGAUAUUACAGGACCGAAUGUAAAAGGGAAAUUGAGUUCUUGGUGAAAGCGGGCACAGUCACUGAGAUGUACAGAUGGACCGUUUAACUGGCCAUCCCUAAGCCAUGAAAUGACCUCUUAGCAAUACUCUGUGUGCAUGGCCAAUUAUUUUUCUCUUGAACAAUUUACCACUACACAAAAGAGGUCAACCUGGGAAAAUGGACUGUUAGCUCAACCACAAAUUGUCAAAAAAGUUUACUGCUCUUUACAUACUUAGUGCUCAACAAAAUACUUUUCAUUUUAUUUUUUUUGUAUUAGUACUGUUGCCUGAGUCCCAGAAUAAAAGAGAAAUGUGAGUAAAUGUUGAUGAAGCAAAGAGUUGAAGGUACCGUGAAUACAUUCUGUGAUUCCUCAUUGAUGGUCAGUGCCAUAAAAUCAUUGCGUGAUGCCCGUUGAGGAGAAGGGUCAAGCAUCUCUUUUUCUCACCCCCCUCCAUAAAUCUUGAGCUAAAUUUGCAGGGACUUGACUGAUACAAGAUGGGAUUACAUCAAGUGCAAUCACAGAGAAGAAUUAAGUAUGGAUAAAUCAGUUCAUCGCUCACCCACUGUCAUCCAAAGUCAAGAGGUUCUUUUUUAAAAGCCAGCCUUUUAAGAUGUUUAUUGGAAUAUCGUGAGUCUUGGUUUUAUUUGCAUUUGAAUGUUUGAUUUAAAUAAUCAGUACACACUGUAUGUAGUUGAUUUUCUUUUGUCUUGCUGGUGUCGAGGCAAGGAGAUUUUCAAAGAUACAAACAGUUAAAGAUAACUAUUUUAAUGGAAAUGACUUCACAUUACUGAAGAUAUGUUGUUCACACUGUUUUUUGGAUGCCUGCAUUAUAUUUAUUUCACAUUGUGCAAUGCAUGUAAAGGAGUCAAACUGACCUUGAGUGAUGAUUUGGGAUCAGUGUAAUAGACAAACCUAAAGAGAAAAAAAACAGACAAAUCAACGGCUUUGAAAUGUUCAUUUUAGGCUAUUCAUUGGGAGAUGUUAUGAUCCUGACACUCUUCUAGUUUCUUCAGCGUCAGGUGUUGACCAUAGGUUUAUAGAAAUUCGCACUUCCUAUUUAUGAUAUGUUUUUAGGCACAAAUUCUCCCCUUGCCAACAUUUUCCAACAAGCAGCAGGCUGUCAUGUGUGUUUUUCCAAGAAGGAAUUGGAAAUUUUACCCAGUAAAACUCAAUUCAGUACAUGAUUUGAGUACAUUAUUUUGAAAAAAUGACAGUGUUUCAGGUGGAUAUGGUUCUGUAUAUGUCAAUUUGUAAUCAUUUUAGCAAUAUGAUACAAAUAGCUUCCGCCUCAUAUUACAUGUGAUUUCCAAUCAGCUGUUAAACAUAAUGUGCACUCCCAUAUUUAUUCAGCAGAUUGUUUUCAGUGGACAUGAAUAUGUGGGAAAAGUUGUAAAGAUUCAUGUUUUACUUUGUUUCUUCUACUGACAAAAGCAGUCCUGUUGAUCGCCACUGAACGGAUAUGUUCAGGCAUUUUAAGACAAAUGUAUCAUUUGUUCAAAUUUAAAAGUAACAAUUCAUCUAUGAUUUACAAAACAUGUACUUGAAUUUUCAUUGUUAAUGUAUCUUUUGAGCUGUACAUCAAAAGCUUCUGUCAAAUGUUUUGUGAAACAGAAACAGGGAUUGCUAGUCUUUAACGUAGGCCUUGCUAUGUUCAGCAUUUUGUUGCCUUUUUUAAAACAACUUAUGAUUGCACAGUGAAAACUUUGUUCCAUCUGCCUCCUCGCAACAACACUGAAAAAAUGUGUCAGUGAUCGACUUUUUUGUUUUCUCUGUCUGAUGCCUAAUGUGAUUAUUUGGCCUUUGUAGAUCAAUUUCAAAUGUAAAACCAAGAGGCUUGUUAAGGCUGGUUGUUUUAGUGCUUUUGUUUCGUCCUGGUUUUUAAAAUUUUAAAAUGUAUGUAUUUGUGCCAGUGCUUAAACCAUUACUACUCCAUUUUUGUUUUCAAACCCACGAGCAUUUCCAUAUAAUAGUGCCAACUUGCAACCAUGAUUUGAUGUUUUAGAUCAGUUCUGUUCACGUAACCACCCCUGCACACUGCGGCUAGUCACUGUAUGAUGAACCUUAGUUUGGUAUGGUAAGACAGUGUGAAAGACUUCUUUUGGGUUACACCAGGCAGUGUGUUUGCAACAGAUUAGACUUUGUAACUUAUUUAUGGAUUAUGGAUAAAUGAUCAAUAUCUCACAUCCUAGAAAAGAGCCAGGGUGUGGUGUUUGUUAAUAUUUCACUGGAUUUAAAUGGAAACCAUGCAAGGGUUUCGGGACAGCAGGCCGCUCCUGGUACAAUCAGGGGGGCUCUGUAUGCAAAGUCAUGCAUGGUCAAUAUGGUCUUCUUCUUCAUGCACCUUCUAUAACUGCAUGUGGUAUUGCAUGGGGAUUGCACUGUAAACAAAAUAGCAUAUACAUUUGCAAGACAAAUUUUGUUCUCUGUUUUCUUUUCUUUGUACAUGUACAUAAUGUUUACUUAAACGUUAUUCUUGUACUGUGCCACAUAAUGUAAUCCACAGACGACGAUGAUGAUGAUGUUGUGAUGAGAACAUCACAGAGAUGAUAUUUAGUAUAAUAUCCAGCACAGAAAUAAUUAGUAAGGGAAUACUUGAAUACUAAUCAGCACAGUUUAUAACAAUCUGGGCAGUGCAAAUAAACAUUGAUCCUGUGAGCAUCUUGCAUUAUAUGCGUACCAUUGUCUUUAAUUUAUUAAUCCAAGAGAAGUAGUCAUAAAACAAAACAGAUGCUAUGGUAAUAGAAAGAGCAUGGUGCUGCUGUCAGCUAGUUAAACUGGUGUUGGUGUUUCUGGUCUGAAUGUUGUAUGGAGGAGAGAUGUGAGUAGGUGGAGUGUUUAGUGACAUUCUAUGAAUGUAUUGGAGAAGAGCAAAUAUUUGUCAUUUACAUUUUCAUUUGUUCUUUACAAUAAAUACCAAAUUAACUCA